GGCGCCUGACGUGCCGGCGGGCGCGCGAACCCAACCGCCGCCGAAGCCUACUCCGACAAGCAACAGGCAACUGGCAGCGGCGCCCCCGUCCUCUCCUCGGCGUCUGGCGGCCGAGGUCUCCCCCGCACCCCGGAGCCACACUUGGCUUCAAAGCCGCUGCUUCGUCCCUCGUGCUCCUCUAUUUAAACGCGCGCUCGUAUUCCACACCCACCGCAGGGAGCGCGCCUCGUCUUCUUGCUCUUCUUCCUGCUGUGUGGGAUGGUGGAUGCAUGACGCAUUGGCUCCAUUAGUGUUUACAAGUGAAGAGUAUGGGUUCCAAGGAAGCGUCCUCUUGUACCAUCUUCUGCUUCUUGCUUCUAUCCUUCGUGGGCUGCAAAUGUCUGGCAUCAGUAAUAGAGGCCACCCAGACUGCAACCCUCAAGGUUGAUGCUUCGCCACAGCUUUCUCGAAAGAUCCCUGAAACACUAUUUGGGAUAUUUUUUGAGGAGAUCAACCAUGCAGGAGCUGGUGGAAUAUGGGCCGAACUUGUUAGCAACAGAGGUUUUGAAGCUGGAGGCCCCCAUACUCCGUCAAACAUUGACCCAUGGUCCAUCAUUGGAGAUGACUCUUCCAUAUUUGUGGCGACCGAUCGUACAUCAUGUUUCAGUCGAAACAUUGUUGCUCUGAGGAUGGAGGUCCUCUGCAAUGAUUGUCCAGCUGGUGGUGUUGGCAUUUACAACCCGGGGUUCUGGGGCAUGAACAUAGAAGAUGGAAAGACCUACAAUCUUGUUAUGUACGUUAAGUCGCCGGAAACAACAGACUUGACAGUUUCACUAACAAGUUCUGAUGGGUUGCAAAACCUGGCUUCAGCUACGAUAACAGUUUCUGGCUCAUCAAAUUGGACAAAACUGGAGCAGAAGUUUGUUGCUAAAGGAACCAAUAGAACCUCAAGGCUUCAAAUAACAACUAACAAGAAAGGAGUUGUAUGGUUUGAUCAAGUAUCACUAAUGCCUGCAGACACAUACAAGGGACACGGUUUUCGCACAGAACUUAUAUCCAUGAUUUUGGAAUUAAAACCACGAUUCUUGAGAUUUCCUGGAGGUUGCUUUGUAGAAGGUGGAUGGUUAAGAAAUGCAUUCAGGUGGAGGGAAUCUAUUGGUUCAUGGGAAGAGAGGCCCGGACACUUUGGGGAUGUUUGGCAUUACUGGACUGAUGAUGGCCUUGGAUAUUAUGAAUUUCUUCAGCUUGCUGAGGACCUGGGUGCUGCCCCAAUAUGGGUAUUCAACAAUGGAAUCAGCCACAAUGAUGAAGUUGAUACCGCUGCUAUUGCUCCUUUUGUGAAGGAUGUAUUGGACAGUCUAGAAUUUGCAAGGGGGAGUGCAGAAUCAACAUGGGGCUCUGUUAGAGCUGCAAUGGGGCACCCUGAACCAUUCCCAGUUAAAUAUGUUGCAAUUGGAAAUGAAGAUUGUGGAAAGAAAUUUUACCGCGGUAAUUACCUCAAGUUCUACAAUGCUAUUAGAGAGGCCUAUCCAGACAUUCAAAUGAUUUCAAACUGCGAUGGUUCAUCGAGACCACUUGAUCAUCCUGCUGAUUUAUAUGACUUCCAUGUCUAUACUGACUCAAAGACUCUGUUUUCCAUGAGGAACACAUUUGACAGAACAUCUCGUAGUGGACCCAAGGCUUUUGUCAGUGAGUAUGCUGUUUGGAGAAGUGAUGCAGGUAGAGGAAGUCUUCUUGCUUCAUUGGCAGAAGCUGCUUUCCUUACUGGACUGGAGAAGAAUAGUGAUAUUGUUCAGAUGGCAAGUUAUGCUCCACUGUUCGUAAAUGACAAUGAUCAAACGUGGAACCCGGAUGCCAUUGUCUUCAAUUCCUGGCAACAUUAUGGAACUCCUAGUUACUGGAUGCAGACGCUGUUCCGUGAGUCCAGUGGUGCUAUGAUUCAUCCUAUUACAAUCAGUUCCAGCUACUCCAGUUCGCUAGCAGGAUCUGCAAUUACUUGGCAGGAUUCGGAGAAUAGCUUCCUGAGAGUCAAGGUUGUAAACUUUGGGUCGGACGCUGUUAGCCUCACAAUCUCCACAAGUGGACUUCAGGCCACUGUUAACGCAUUAGGAUCGACCGCCAUGGUUAUGACAUCUAGCAAUGUGAUGGAUGAAAAUUCUUUCAGUAACCCAAACAAGAUUGUGCCGGUGAAGAGUGAGCUGCGCAACGCUGCAGAGCAGAUGCAGGUCACGCUGGCUCCGCACUCGUUCACUUCGUUCGAUCUCGCGCUGGCUCAGUCCAAACUUGUCGCGGAGAUGUGAAGUAGCAACACCAUAAAUCCGCGAGGUGUGAUAUGCAAAUACAAGUAAUCAGUGAGUUGUCAGUACCUUGAUAAAGCAUUUUAUAGUGUAACACGAAGGAGAUACUAAAUAAAAAUCCGAGCAGUUUGCUUAA